AUGAGUGAAAAGUUAGAGAAAAUAUUCAACGAUUUCAUAUCAGAUGUAAAUGAUAAACAGGGUGUAUAUUAUGCAGAUGGUGGGAAUAAUGAAAACGUCCCUUAUUUUAGUAACAGAGAGGGAUCUUGCGUGUUCAGUGAAGCUAUAUUAAAAAAAUUAGGGAAAAAGAACUUUUUCAAAUACACGGAAUAUUCGUUAAGUAGCUUAUACAUGUCAGAUGACACAAUUUCCCUGGAAGAAGAUGUAAAUUUUGAAACAUUUAUAAAUAUAAUAACGAAAGCAUCAGAUGUGAAUAACAAAUAUAAGUGGGUUGAUUAUUAUUUCAAAUUUGAUGUUAAGGAAGAAUUUAAUAUUUUAACACCACGAUCUGAAAACAAGGAUUUUCUCUUUAGAAAAUAUUUAGAGCCAAAUCAUUUAAAAAAUAUGUCUGUACUAAGAAAAUAUGAACAAGGAGCUAUUUUAAAAACUUCUGAAAAAAAUAAAGUAGAUACUAAAAUAGUAUCUGAGUACAUUGUUCAUGAUACUUAUAAAAACAUAAUUGAAUCACUAGACUAUCAAUUGAGUCAUAAAAUAUAUACAAAAGCUCAUAUAUUCCAUAGUAAAUAUGGAAACAGUGAUCACAUAAUCAUAUUAGUCAUGAGACAUUACAAAGAUGAGAAUUUUCUGCAUCCAUUAUUUCACGACAGGGCACUUGUGCAGAUAAAAUCUUAUUCAAAUUAUAAUAAAUAUUCAGAUAUAACCCAGAAGAAUCUUCUAAACUAUGCAGAAAUUUUCAAGCCAUACAUCUCACUUAGAAAGGUGGAUAAUAACUUCGUGGAGCAAAUUAAGGACAGUCUUUCCAGAACCUUUUAA